UGUUGGUUUGACGAAACCUCAACGACAGUAUCGUCCUUUUUCGACGAGUAUUAAUAAAAGUACCUAAAGUUGUUUUAUUUACAAAAAAUACGGAGCCUUCUUCAUUUAACACGAGACUCUAUUAACGUGAUGUAAUUUUAAGAAAAUUUUUUUAAAAAUGUCUUCUUAUACUUGUUUGUCCUGCAGUGUUAAGUUUAUAAGUGCAGAUUUGCAAAGGAUGCAUUAUAAAACCGAAUGGCAUCGGUAUAACCUAAAAAGAAAAGUUGCAGAAUUGCCUCCUGUCACUGAAGAAGAAUUCUCAAUUAAAGCUGAGCUACAAAUAAAAAAGAAAGAAAGUAAAAUUCAAGAAAGAUCAGUUUCUACAUACUGUAAGCUAUGCAAUAAGAGUUUUUCAUCGUUAAAUUCUUUUCAAAAUCACGUACAGUCAAAAAAACAUCAAGACUUACUAAACAAAAAUACCUCAACUGGUAUUGAACAACAUCACACAGAUUUUGUUAAAGUUAACGAAAAAAUUGUGAAUAAAAGUUCUAAUGUCCAAGUAAGUUUAGUUGACGAGCUUGAUGAUGACAGUGAAGACUGGGAAGAUAUGAGCUCAGAUGAUGAAGUAGAUAACAAUGAUAUCGAUGAAACCAAUUGUCCAGAGUCUGAAGCAAUUCCACCAACCUCUUGCUUGUUUUGUAAUCAUCAAAGCACAAAUAUUGAAAAUAAUCUUCAACACAUGGUCAAGUCACACAGUUUCUUUAUACCAGACCUUGAAUAUGUAACAAAUAUUGAAGCACUCUUGAUAUACUUAGGUGCUAAGGUUGGUGAUGGUAAAGUGUGCUUGCUUUGCAAUACUCGUAGCAAACAGUUUCAAACCAUAAAAGCAUGUAGAGAUCAUAUGACUGAUAAAGGCCACUGCAUGAUCAACUGCGAAAGCAAUGCUAUGCUUGAAUUUGCUGAUUUUUAUGACUUCUCAUCUACAUAUCCUAGCAGUGAAAAUGUAGAUGUUGAUAUGGAGUUGUCAGAGUCUGAUACAAGUUUAUCUGUUGAUCCAGAAACGCUAGAGUUAUUGUUACCAUCAGGUGCUCGAGCUGGUCAUCGUGCUCUAAAAAAAUAUUAUAACCAAAGUGUAGUAGAAAGGUUAGAACAACCAAAACGUUCUCAUGCAAUGAUCUUAGGUUUAGCAAAUCAUUAUCGUGCUCUUGACAUACAAAAUGGUACUUUGGCUGUUGCUGUUAGAAGAAAGCUUGUUGCUAAGAAAAUAGAAAACAGAAAUCGAUUAAAUUUCAAUAUGGCUGUUGGAGUUAGAGCGAACAAACUGCAAACACACUUCAGGAAACAAGUUAUGUAUGCAGGAUAAAAACAACUUUGAAACACUCAUAUUAUGUUUAACUGUAUGUAAGAAAUUGUGAUUAUAUCUUUUGGUAAUGUUGCAUAAUAUACACACAAAAAUGC